ACAACUGUUAAAUAAUUAGCAGAUUUAAAUGGUUUUAAAAAUAAGAUGAUGGGAGACUUAAAAAUGUUACAGAUCUCUUUCAUGAUUUAUGUCUAUUAUUGACAAUUAUUUAUUUAUUUAUUUGUUUGUUUGUUAUUUCAGUCUACCCUUCUUGCUGUCUUUAGUUAUGAGUUUUCACAGCAGAACCCUAGAGACAAAUAUCACAAAGACUUUUUCACAAAGUCUUCAAACCGGGUUGUACGUAACGCAGUCAUGUAUAAUCAUGAGCAUACAAAACAGUGAAAGAAUUUAAAUUGAGAAUUGAGAGAAAACAUUCAUAGAUUCAGUCAUAACAAAAAUCUGGAAAGUUCUACCUCGAUUGCCAAAAGCCUUGAAACUAUGAUUUAAAGACACGUUGAUUAUUUUUACAGAAACACACAGUCUGAAUCUUGGCUGACACCUGAUAUUGACCUCAUCUUGAAGUCCUUUUUAGCAGCCAAGUGAUUCCGGAUUUUCAGGGCAAGUUUAGUUGCCAGGUUAUGAAAUACAGAGAUAUGCUGAGUGAUUGGGUUGAGAGCUGGAGCAUUAAGGAGGUGGCUCUCUGGCUAAAGAAGCAGGGAUUUGGUGAAUAUGUGGAGCUGCUUUGCACUAAGCAUCGUGUGGAUGGAGCUGCAUUGCUGUGUCUAACAGAACAUGACCUGCGAUCCCCACCACUGCAGCUCCCACGGCUCGGAGACAUCAAAAGGCUCACAGUUGCCCUUAGAGGGCUUCAGAGACAACGAACACACUCACACACACCACACAGUGACUUCAGUGCAGAUGGUGUGUUUCAAUCACAUACCUCAGGUUUAAAACGUUGUUUUAGCAGCAUAGACCAAAACAACCCACAGUGUAAUGGGGUCGGCAUGGCCAUGUGGGAGGAGCAUUGUCACGGUUAUUCAAAUGGGAAAUGUAAGAAGGACUGUGGCUACCUGGACCCUGAGGGAUGGAAGACAGCCCUGAGCUCUGUCUAUGUGAUGCUGGUGUUUGGUAUCACUUCAUUUGUCAUGGUACUGGUGCAUGAGAGGGUGCCUGACAUGCAAACCUACCCACCCUUGCCUGAUAUUUUUCUUGACAGUGUACCUAGAAUUCCUUGGGCUUUCGCCAUGGCCGAGGCCUGUGCUCUCAUCCUGUGCUGCAUAUUACUGCUAAUACUGCUGUUGCACAAGCACAGAUCUAUCCUCUUUCGUAGAUUCUGUAGUUUAACAGGGACUGUGUUCCUGCUUCGCUGUGUCACCAUGUUCGUCACCUCCCUGUCUGUCCCAGGACAUCAUCUACAGUGCACAGGGAAGAUGUAUGGUGAUAUCUGGGCAAAAAUCCUGCGCGCGUUACAGAUUUGGAGCGGCUUGGGUAUGUCCCUGACAGGGGUUCACACGUGUGGAGAUUACAUGUUCAGUGGGCACACGGUGGUUCUUACCAUGCUCAACUUCUUUGUCACGGAGUACACUCCACGUAACUGGCACAUUUUGCAUACUUUGGCAUGGGUGCUGAAUCUGUUUGGGGUAUUCUUCAUCCUAGCUGCCCACGAACACUACUCCAUUGAUGUUUUCAUCGCCUUCUACCUCACAACUCGAUUGUUCCUGUACUAUCAUACGCUGGCCAACACACGGGCAUAUCAGCACAGCCGACGAGCUCGCAUCUGGUUUCCCAUGUUUUCUUUUUUCGAGUGCAACGUCAAUGGUCCUAUCCCCAAUGAGUACUGCUGGCCCUUCUCCAGGCCUGCCUUCAUGAAAACACUCAUUGGCUAGAAAGAACGUGUGUGUAUAUCACAGCUUGGCUGUCUAGAUUGAUUGUCUGAUAGAUUUACACUGUCAAAAAGAACAAGAUAUUUAUACUUUUUUUGGGGGGGGAUGAAUGGCAGCAUUUGCUGUCAGUACUUUGCUGUCAGCUUAAGAGAAUCUUUUGUGUAUUGGACUAAAACACUAAUCUUGUACUAGUCGGUACCAAUUGGGCAUAUGACCGCUCCUGUGAAGGAGAACUGAAGUCCAGGGUUCUUUCUUAUCUUAUUUGGUAAUAGAUAUUUAUUGGACAUCUGAACUAGCAUGUUUAGCCAGCUGUUCACUGCACAUUACAGUAUGGACACUGAAACUCCAAGUAGGUGGUUAAGAUGUAUUCAGUGUUGCACAUUAUUAUUAUUUUUUAUUUAAUGUAAGUUUUUGUAAUGUAAAAUUAUAUUGUUGUCAAAACAAAGAAAGUCAGUUGUUUACA